AUCCUGUGCACUGAAGGGGCCACUAGUGUCUCCUCUAUGCACUUUCGCUGACGAAGCAUGCUGGGACCUCAGAGGCCAGCUGAGAAGCGGAGAUGAAAAAUGGGUGAGCCUGCCCCAGCAUCGGGAUGAGUAGCAUAGAUUACAAGUGGGGUAUUUUAACCCUGCAGGGAGAAUGUGAGCAGGUGGCUGCGGUAUCAUUCCAGGUGAGCUGCCUGAGUUGGAGCCAGAUCCCAAGCACCGGCUAAGGAAUGGGUAGCAGGUGAUUGACAUGGAAAAACAAGAGUUGUGCAAGGAAGCUGAACCCCAUCCAAAUAAACUAGGUGCUGAGCAACUGUAGUCCUAGCAGAGAAAUUAAAUACACUGAGGAGACCAAGGAGAAAGAGUGAUCCCAAGGGCUGAGCAAACCAGGAGGUUAGUGAAGAAAGGCUGCUGUUCGCCUGGUAGACAAGCACCCAGGGCCCUGUCCAGGCUCUCCAGAGGGCAUCCCUAAGCAGGGAAACAAUUCUGGGCCUCCUGCUGCGGGGUAGCCAGACUCCUAGAAACCUGCCAGACUUGGUCCUUGCUGACCAAAGAACCAGAAGCAUCAGAUGGUGAAGAAGGAGGAGACAUAGAAAUGACACAGCCGGAGACAGCUCCAGAUAUCCUAUCAAAGAAAACCAAACAGCCUAAGGAAUGUUUCUUGGUACAACCAAAGGAAACAAAUGAAGAUUCCACCAAGACCAAGAAGAGGAAAAAGAAGAAAAUUACUGACAUUCUUGCAAAAUCAGAGCCAAAACCAGGGACACCUGAAGACCUGCAGAAACUACUGAAGGACUAUUACAGCAGCAAUCGCUCAGUGAUUGAAUUAGAAGAACUUAAGCUACCAGACUCCUGUUUCCUCAAGGCCAAUGAUUUGACUCAUAGUCUUUCAUCAUACUUAAAAGAAAUCUGCCCUAAGUGGGCAAAACUUCGGAAAAACCAUACUGAGAAGAAAUCAGUCCUAAUGCUGAUCAUCUGCAGCUCUGCCGUCCGCUCCCUGGAGCUCAUUAGAUCGAUGACAUCAUUCAGAGGAGACAGCAAAGUCAUAAAAUUAUUUGCAAAGCACAUAAAGGUCCAGGAGCAGGUAAAGUUGCUGGAGAAGCGUGCCAUGCACCUGGGUGUAGGAACUCCAGGGAGGAUUAAAGAACUCGUUAAACAAGGUGGCCUUAAUUUGAACCCCUUAAAGUUUCUGGUGUUUGACUGGAAUUGGAGAGAUCAGAAGUUGAGGAGGAUGAUGGACAUUCCCGAGCCGUUGGAGAGAAAAGGAUCCGUGCAGCCGUCGACGUGGCAGCCGGUCACCAGCUGGGAACGAAUCACAGCAACAACCGAAGAAGAGCCUUAGAGUCACUCGUCCAGCUGAGCCAAAUGAAGUCCUUCACCGCAUAAAACCACAAUCCCCAAAUGAGCACACCUGAUUCUAAUUGAUCAGUGAAUUAUACCAGAUAUCAGUUCAACAGACAAUUUUCUCAGUUUCCUACCCACACAUGCGCACGCACACACACUGUCCCCUGCACCAACUGGUUUUUUAAAACUUGUUUAAUCAGCUUGAUGUCCAGCACAUGAGGCCAUAUUUGAUUAUUUCAGUUUUAAUGUUAAAUCUGAGUAUUCCACCACUAGUUUUCUAAUUUCAAUAAAAAGGAGAAAUAGUAACAAAACAAAAAAAAAGAACCCUUGUUAUCCAUAGCUUUUUUUAUUAUGUUGAUGUUGUUAUUAUCAGUUAUCCUGUAUUGAGAUAUUGUGCAUAAUCUGGGCACACUGUGGCUAUCACUGCAUGAGAUUUUCU